AUGACGACGAUUGGAAAAAUUGAUGUUUUUGAUGAAACCCAAGAAAGCUGGGAGACGUAUGUCGAACGAGUACAACAUUUUUCGCUGCAAACGAUGUCGACGACAAUCAUCAAGUGCCAACUCUGCUGAGUUUGAUUGGAAGCAAAACGUAUUCAUUAUUAAAGGAUUUACUUUUGCCAGAAAAGCCUGCAGACAAGAACUUUGAUGAAAUAGUAAGUACAUUACAGAAGCAUUUAAAUCCUAAACCACUAGAAAUAGCCGAACGGUUUCGUUUCUAUAAGAGAAAUCAGCAAGAAGGGGAGAGCAUUUUAAGUUAUAUAGCUGAGUUAAAGAAAUUAAACACACAUUGCAAUUUUGGAAAUAACAUGGAAGAAACCUUGCACGACAGAUUG